UGCUUUGGACCCAUAGCUGCCUAAAAUGCGCUAAUUAGCCCAACAGGAUUUUUUGCUUGUGCUGUGUGUUUACGCUGGAAUAAUAAACUUUCUCAGCAAAUGUUUUCAAGGGGCCCUUUCUCAUGUGCCAGAGACGACAUGAAUCACUAUCUCAGAUGGACUGUUUUCCUGUGGAUCGUAAAUUCCAUUCCUUUUACUUCAGGAAUGGCAGUCAAUGAGAGAAUAGAUCAUACAUGUCCAUCCUUAAAGCUGGAGGAGAUAUGGCAUACCAAUGUGAACAUUCACAGAGAAUUCACAGGAUUCGAUUUAGCUGAGAAGUUCCUUCUGAGAAAAGGCAUGGUGACGGACGACAGGCUAUUGUUUAGACUGGGGAGCAAACCCCUGUUUAAACCAACAGAAUCUGUGUUCCCAAAUGGACUUUCUCAUGAAUACUCCAUCAUCGCCACGUUCCGGCUCAGAAAAACCACAAAGAGAGAUCGCUGGUUUGUUCUGCAGAUCUUUGAUAAAAGUGGAGAAACACAGGUGUCAUUAAUAGUGGAUGGGGCUAAAAAAACAGUAGAGUUUUUAGCUCAGGGUUUUCUGAAGGACAGACUCCUGUACACCUUCAAGAACCGAGACCUACACGCCCUCUUCGAUCGACAGUUUCACAAGCUGGGCGUUUCUGUCGAGAGCAACGCCGUCUCCAUCUACCUGGACUGCAAAUUAAUCGAACGUCAGGUGACCGCUGAAAGGUCCGGCAUGGAUGCGAGCGGACGCACCUUCAUCACCACUCGAGUGGAGGACGGACGUCCAGUGGAUAUUGAGCUUCAAGAGAUUCUGGUCUUCUGUGAUGCUAGAAUAGCUGACAUGGACAGAUGCUGCGAUUCUCCUGGAGUUACGUGUGAACCUGUAGUAACCCACAACCCCACGGCGGCCCCGCUGGUCACAGGAUACCUCCACAGAAUGCUGUCCAUGCCAGCUCAGCUCCCCACCGACCGAUGCCACUGUCCCGCUCUGAAGGCGGAUCAAGGGCUUCCGGUUUUGGCAGGACAUUCUGGACAAAAGGGAGAUAAAGGAGACAUGGGUUUGAAAGGGGAUCCCGGACCUCAAGGUGUACCCGGUCUCAAAGGUGAUAAAGGGGAUCCAGGCACACCGGUUUCAGGAACAUUGCCGAUUGAAAAGCAAGAUCAAAAAGGAGAACAGGGUCCCCCAGGAGUUCCUGGAGAAAAGGGAGAUCCUGGCCUGCCCGGUCAACCAGGAGCACCAGGGAAAGAGGGCAAAAGGGGCCGGCGGGGAAAAUCAGGAGAACCGGGCACUCCAGGACCACCGGGUCCACCUGGUACAUGUGAUGCUGCAGCUGUUAAGGGGGUGAAGGGUGACCCGGGCCUCACAGGAAUGGAUGGACAGAAGGGUGAUGGAGGGAACGCUGGUUUGCCUGGCCUGGAGGGAGCCGGUGGAAUAAAAGGGCAAAAGGGUGAAGAAGGACCCAAAGGACCGGCGGGCCCCGUCAUCACAGCACAUGGACUAAGACUUCUUUCUGGAACUGGGGAAGGAGGUGAUAAAGGCCAGAAAGGAGAGAAAGGAGACCAGGGUGAAAAAGGUUCUGAAGGCUCUCAAGGGCUACAGGGCAUUAGUGGAUUGCCUGGACUGCCGGGGACACCAGGACUUGAGGGAAAAGAGGGUCAGCCUGGUCCCAUUGGCCUCCGUGGUCUUCCAGGAGACCCGGGCUCUCCCGGUCAGCCAGGUCUGUCGGGAAAAGAUGGAAUGAAAGGAGAAAAGGGUGAUUCAGGCGGAGCACCGGGACCGAUCGGCCCCCAGGGCCUGAAGGGUGAACCUGGAGAGCCCUGCUCUGUCGGACUUUGCACUGGGGAGGAGGCCGUGUCUGGUCCACGGGGGUCACGGGGUCCUAAGGGUGAGCGAGGUGUACCUGGAGUACCUGGAGAUGCUGGAGAGAAAGGAGAACCUGGGAUUGGAAUCAUGGGACCCCCUGGUCUGAUGGGAUCUAAAGGGGAAACAGGAAUUCAGGGUCCUCGUGGACCUCCAGGAACUGUUGGAUUGCCAGGAAAUAUGGGACCUCCAGGCCCACAAGGCAGACCAGGGUUGCCUGGACCUCCCGGAGAACCGACAGCACUACCCAUUGUGGGAGACAUGGGGACAUUACUGAAGAAUGCCUGCAGUGUGUGUCAAACCAGAGUACCAGGACUACCAGGGCAGAAAGGAGAAAAAGGUUCCUCUGGAGCUCUGGGUAUCCCAGGAGUGGAUGGAGAAAAGGGGGAUCAGGGUCUGCGGGGCCCAGCUGGUAAUCCUGGAAAAGAGGGUCCGAAGGGAGUGAAGGGUGAGAGAGGCUUUCCCGGUCCAAUGGGGGACAAGGGUGAUGAGGGGACCCCGGGUGUGCCAGGAUUGCCUGGAUCCACUGGCCGCACAGGUGCACCGGGACUUCUUGGCAGACCAGGACCUGUUGGCCCCCCAGGACCAAAGGGAGAACGGGGCAGCGAAGGAAUGCAAGGCAGACCCGGACCUCCUGGACCUCCUGGUGUUCCAAUUGCAGAGGGCAAUGGAAUGAGCAGUCUCUAUAAGCUUCAGAAUGGAGCAGCUAAUACAGGCCCGCCCGGACCACCCGGACCCUCUGGGCCCAAAGGAGAUGAAGGAAGGAUGGGUGAGCCAGGACUGAUGGGAUUACCGGGACUAGAGGGGCUGCCAGGUGCUAAGGGUGAUCCUGGGCUUCCUGGUCCUAUUGGUGUUACUGGUCCUGUUGGAAAGCCAGGUCCGCGUGGUGAGAGAGGGAUCCCUGGAGAGCCGGGAGAACGAGGGCCUCUGGGAGAAACUGGCUUCCCUGGACCCGAAGGGCCUCCUGGAGCCCCUGGAAGGCCGGGAAAAGAUGGAAUUCCAGGCUAUGAGGGAGCCACAGGUAGACCUGGAGACAGAGGCACUAAAGGAGAACGGGGAGAUCAGGGGAUUUCAGGAGAGAGAGGAGUCCAGGGAGAACGAGGGAAAGCUGGAGACAGAGGGCCCAUUGGUCCCCAGGGGCCGCCUGGUGAGAAAGGAGAACCGGGCUCACCUGGAUCUUCAACAACACUAUUGGGAGAUAGAGCUGCCUUGGAGGAAAUUAAAACAUUCAUCCGAAAUGAAGUAUUGCGUGUAUUUGAAGAGAGGUUUUCAGACAGUUACUCUUCGCUGCAGAAGACACCAGCAGCUAUAUUAGCCGCACAGGCUCGACAAGGCCCUCCGGGGCCACCGGGUAACGAUGGCUCCCCAGGACCCCCUGGAGAGCCAGGACCUCCAGGCUCCCAAGGGUAUCGAGGGCAGAAAGGAGAACGAGGUCAAAUGGGUUUGGGAAUUCCAGGAGCUCCAGGCCCAACUGGCCCACCAGGUUCACCAGGAAUGGGAUUCCAGGGGCCUCCAGGUGCCCCGGGGCCCCAAGGUCCGCAGGGAAAAUGUAACCCCAGUGACUGCUUCCAUCCUCACGCCAGACGGGACGGGUAGAAUCCUACGCUUCCUCAUCAAACCUGAUAAGAAACCAAUGAACCAGCUCAUCUACAUAAGCUUCAAAAUCCUAUUAAAAAGAAAUGGAGGAGAAGACUCGAGCAAACCUCAUCCCCGUAGUGCAGCCAUGACUGGUGAUGUCAUUUCAUCAUUUAUCUCCGUUUCAUUUCCUAUGUUUGUGACCAAUGCAUUUACUCAUUUCCCAUGUUUUGUCGGUAUGGUGUGAGAAUUCAAGUCCCGUCAUUACACUAAUCACAAUGGACAGGUUUAUAUGAGACGGCGAAUGGAGGUGAAAUGAGAAUUUUACGUGCGUUCGCUUAUUUUCUUCAGGCUGAUGUGAAGUCGAGUUUUAAUUAAAUUGUGAUGGCGCUAUGCAAUCUAAUAUAGAACAUAUGAUAACAAAUAUUAAGUUAAUGUAAAUAACAGGCUUUUUUUUUUUUUUGCU